AUGCAGACAUCAAGGAGCACUCACCGCCUAGGCCUCCCCAAAGCUCUCCAACCAGUGAAGAGCUUCCUUUCCCCUUUCUUCGCCAUCCCAUCCUUCCCUCCAUCCUUUCUCCUACCUCCCUUCCCCGGCCUAGACGAUGCCGUGGUGGAGACAGCGGAGGAGGCCACGGAGCCCGCCGAGGCGGACAUCACGGGGCUGUGCCAGGACAUGUUCUCCAAAAUGGCCACGUACCUGACGGGCGAGCUCACAGCUACCAGUGAAGACUAUAAACUUCUGGAAAAUAUGAACAAACUGACUAGCUUGAAGUAUCUAGAAAUGAAAGAUAUUGCAGUAAACAUAAGUAGAAACCUAAAGGACUUAAACCAGAAAUAUGCAGCACUUCAGCCUUAUCUGGAUCAGAUCACUCUAAUUGAGGAGCAAGUAGCAGCUCUUGAGCAGGCAGCUUACAAAUUGGAUGCAUAUUCAAAGAAACUAGAAGCAAAGUACAAGAAGUUAGAGAGGCGAUGA